UUGACGGAAACGUUUGCUGUGUAUUUUUAUUAAUAUUUCAGCGUGGUUACUUGUUUAUUUACGCGUUAUAUCAUAGUAUCAAUUAUAAUAUAACAUUUAUCUAUUAAUUUAAGUUUCAUUUCUUCGUUCUGUUCCGUGAAUAUGUGGUAAAACCGUCAAAAUGAGGCGAGGUCAUUCUGGCAUCGGUGGAUGGCGGAAUGAAAAUCCAAGACAUUUUUGGCCUCGCGGAGGCGGUGUACCUCGGCAUGGGCCUCCCCAACAAUACCCUCUACUAGAUCUACCCGCCAAAUAUGGAGUUCCAAGAUUUAACCGAGGAGGACCACAUUAUAAUCCUCACAUGGGACCAAACCUUCGAAUGCGAGGAGUCGAUCGCCGAUCGUUCGGACCACACGAUAAUCGGCCUCGGUUUCCAGGGCCCAAUGAUCGGUACAACUAUCAACCACCCCAUUUAAGAAAUGAUGACACCAGUGACACAACAAGUUACAAAAAUAUAGUCAGUUAUUGUGAAAGCAGAAAAAAUGACCAGAGCCGCAUCAAUAGUAUGGGGGAUGUAGACCACAGGCAAAACUUUAAUUCACCUCACACUCAAAAACCAUACGGCCAACAUCCUAUUUCACCAUGGGCUAACCCUCCACCCGAAGGGAGGCCUGGCUAUGACGACAGAGGUCACAGACGACCAAGCCAAUACCAUGACAAUGUGGACGGGAACAUUCCCAGUUUUACUAGCCAUAGGCCACCUUCCUCUGACCAUUAUGGAACUAAUGUGGCCUCAGCUAUUGACAACUCAAAUUCAUUCAGCCGUUCUGUUGAUGAUACUGUAGAUAUUGUCAGAAAAAGGCUAUUAAAUCGGAAUGAAUCUCACAACAAUACAGAUCACCCUCCUGAUCAGGAUACUAAUGAGAGGACUGACUCUGAGGCAGCACCGACCACCUUAUUCCAAAGUGAACCACAGACACCUCCAGCCAGAAAGAGGAUACAGCGACGGAGACAGAAUGCCCAGUCCAAUUGUGACAAAAUCAAAAACAAAAUUGUGCACCAGUUGUUCAAAAUGGACAAGGAAAAACUUAAUAAAUUGAUGGACAAUCCAAAUUCAUCUUCUAAAUUUGAAUAUGCCAUAAGCAGUCUUAUAACAGAGUCUCAAAACAGUUUGGACAGACAUCUCAGAUCUGUUGCAGAAAAGUCUCUCUGUAGCUCAAGUACAGAGUUCAUUCAUGAUGACAACAACACUAUUUAUGAAGAUACAUUUUUGAAACAAAUGCAGUGUAUCUUAGAACCUCAAGAUACAGUUUUACUUGAAGAUAUCAAGCCACUUGUAAUGGCAGAGUUAAACAAAGUUCUACAAUUAGACGAUUUUGACCAGAGAUUUGAAAGAGGUGACGAAGACCCUAGUUACUACCCAUCAGAAGAAUCAGCUGUCAAUACAGACUAUCCAAAUAAUUAUGCAUAUGACAAUGUAGAUUUCAGUAACGAUGUACUGCCAAACUACCCCGAAGAAGAGAACCAGUCUUACUAUGAAGACCGGCAAUAUUCACCAUCCAAUUUUCCAGAGCAAGACACGCCAGAAAGUCCAAGAGGGCAUGAGCAAAAUGAACAGUACAGUUACAAUCAGUCUUCUAAAUUAUUUGAAAGAAGAACUGCAAGAAAGAGUUGUGAUUACAGCCAACUAAAGAAGCAAAGUGCUGAGAGCCGUGACCAAAUGAGGAGGAGCAUUGAUGAAGAACGGAAUAGGUUUAAUGAUGCAAGGCGUAAGCUAGUGACUCCGCCCCCAGUGUUUGAUGCAAAUAUUGAGCAUCUCUCAGAAGAAGAUGAUCCAUUCGCUGAUUUGGACAAGCAGUAUCAUGUUGCGGUAGACCACAACUUUAUAGAAUCUGAAUUGGACAAGCAAUACAUAGCUGCAACUGAGAAAAACAGUUCAAAGAAAGAAAAUGAAAUAAAAACACAACUAAUAAGCUUUGUUGAAGAGCCUCCACUGAACAAGCCCAUCAAAAAGGAAGUUUUGCUUAGCCCAGAAAUAGAUCCAGUAAAUAUUAAGAAGGAAAUUGAUAACCAGUUACUUAACAUUGCUAAAUCUCCCUUAAAAUUAUCCUCUUCCACUAAUAAAGAUCGGAAGAGUCAUAGAAGGAGUCAUUCAAAAAGUGAGAAGAAGAAGGAUGACAGUGAUGUGUCUGUUCAUGACACUAGUCAUGUAAAAGAUGAAUAUCAAGAAUUAAAUACUGAAAAUAUAAAGCAUGAAUACAAUCCAGACGUUACAGAUAGCCAGGAAAGUUCAAGAUCAGAAACCUCAAGCACAGUAAAAUCAACUAUUGCACCGAAUUCUCGCAAAAGAUCCAUUGAUCAAAAGCCUUCUCAUCGAAAAGAAAAGCGCAAAAAGAGUGACGUCAGCCCUGAGGCCAAUAAACAAAUAUUAAAUAAAAAUAUAAUAAUAAAUGUAAAUGACUGUGGAUCAAAGUCUACAGAAAAGAAAUGUGAUGCUGCUAUAUUCAAUUUAUUUUUCUCUAAGGAUGAAAGUGGGAAGGAGUUACCAAAAGAGAGCAAAACGGUUGAAUCCAGUGACAAAGCUUAUUCAGAUAAAUAUGUCAAGAGGAAAGAAACACCAAAAAAGAAAGAAGAUAAGAGGAAGCGAUCCUCAAACAGUCAUUCCAUUGUUAGCCCUAAAGAUACCAAUAAUAGUAGUAGUGAAGCACAACCCAAAACGGAUAGUAAGAAUAAGCUUAGGACAAUAGAUAUGUUUCUGAGUCAUCCAGUUAAAGUAUCAAAUGUGCACCAAGCACGUAGAAAUACAGCACAAGCUCCAGCUAUUAAAAAAGAAGAAAGUGACAAAAGUACGUCACAUGCCAACAAGUUAAUAAAACGAAGUGUUGGGACACAAAUGAUACAUAAAACACGUAAUAAAGAAACACAGGCAACUUCAUCGAAAAGUUCAUCAUCAAAAUUAUGUCAAACAGAAUUUAAAAAAUUUGCAACAAAAUCAAUACAGACAGAUCCUGUUGUGUUCGAAAAGUCACGAAUCAAUUCCAGUGACACCUUUGAGAGGAUGAAAGAGAUUGAUCUCGAAAUACAAGUAUUACUACAAGAGAAAUUUAAACUUUACAAUUCAAUUGAGACAAAAGAAUCAUGUUCUAACGCUAUACAAAAUUUGGGUAUGACUGUCCUGAAUGUCACUCCUAUUGAAGAUGGCAAAGAUGAUGCUAAUGACGAUGUUUUAUCAGAAGACGUCAUAGUUGAUAACUUCACCAGUAUUCCAGUGGAGGAAUUGGAGCAAAUCGCACUUGAAAGUGUGCAAGAUAUACCUACUGAAUCCCCUAAAAAGACUAAGAGAAGUCAACGCCGAGCAGUUAUAGAAAGGCAACGGAAAAAUUCACAAAGCCCUACUGUUCGCAACAAAAGCAAUAAGAAGCUAGCUGCUCCUAACAUAUCACUAAUAGAGCAGAUUAUAACUGAUGAUCGACCUUUAGAAGACAUCAUAUCUCUUGACGAUUUUGAAAAUCCCACUGAAAGUCCAGUCACAAAGAAAAGCAAAUCUAAAAAGGCACAAAAAUCGAAAUCCAAAAAGCAACCUAAGAAACCUAAAUCUAGCAAGCCUGUUGUCAAACACUCAGAGUUCACAUUAAAAGAAUGCCAAGUAGUUUUAACGAGAGAAGAUUUAAGCAAGUACAUGUCUAAAUCUGACAAAUCAGAGGAGCCACCACAAGAACUUAUAGUAAAAGAACCUGAAAUUCAAAAAGAAGUCAAAGUACAAGAAACUGAAAUUCAAAAAGAAGUCAAAGUACAAGAAACUGAAAUCCAAAAAGAAGUAAUAGAAGUGCCAGAUGUAGAGAAGACGGUGGAUGCAGCUGAUAUGUUGGACAUGUUAGAUGUAUCGGAAGAUAUAGUUAUUGGGGACAACUGUGAGAUCAAGUCAGACAAAGAGACAGAAAGAAUAUCAAUAGGUGAUGAUAUAAUUCUGGAUAACAGUCAGUCGUCGUCAGAUGAUGUGGCGGCGGUUGACGGGCAGAGUGAAGAUGAGUGUAAGAUGUUUGAUUACUCAUCCGAUGAGGCCCUGAAACGAGAGUCUAUCACGGUCACUGGGAAUGCUGAUGCUGUUCUGGCCAUUGAGGCCAUAGACAACAAUUUCGUAGCAGCAUGCCUAGACGGCAACGUAUACCACUUUAACAGCGACGGUCAACUGUUGGCCACUCUACGGGGGUCAAACUUGGCGGUCACAUGCCUGAUCAUCGUCAAGGAGAAGUAUGGGACCACUGUGUACACCGGUUCUCUGGACUCGAGGAUACGAUACUAUGAUUUAGAGACUGGGUUGGAGAAAGGUCCAGAAUGCAACGUACUCAGUCCCAUACAGACAAUGGACCGUGCGUGGGACACCGUGUACGUCGGCACUAGAACGGGCUUCGUCACACAGUAUGAGUGCAAGAACAAUAUGCUGAUACCACGGAGUACAAUGAAAUUCUCAGAGCAGUCCAUUCUCUGCCUUCGCGCGCUGAAGGAAGGACCUAGAAAGGUGUUGCUAGUAGCAGCGCGCUCCGAAAACGUGACAAUCAAGGACGCACAGACCGGUCUCCUGAUGCGGACGCUGGAAGGUCCACGCAUGACGGUCUACACGCUCGUGUUCGAAGAGGGCAAGGUCUACUGUGGGACCUCGAGUCAUCAGAUACAUGUGUUUGAGUAUAACAGCGGCUCCCACUGCGGCACACACGAAGGGGGUAAGGGCGCCGUGUGCCUCCGCGCGACCGGCGGCCUUCUAUUCGCCGGCUGCUACGACGGCUGCGUGUACGUGUACCGCGAGGGCAACACCAGGCCCAUCGCGCAGCUGCGCGGCCCGGGACUUAUGUUGCUGUCGCUGGCUGUUGUUGGGACUAAGAUUAUCGCCGGAUACAAGGACAGAAGUUUGUACAUAUGGAAGAUUCCGCUUAGCAUACUAAAAGAAAUGAUUUUGUAAAUUUCACCAUCUACCAUACUUAGUGUUGUAGGUGUUUGCACUGUUUUAACUGUGUGUUAGGUUAAUUUAGUUACGGGAACAUUUAUUUUACUUUACUAGAUGAACUAGAUCGUAAUGUUUCAAUUAAAGUUUAAUUAAAGUGUUAAUUGGUUUUAUGUACUUGUUUUAUUUAUAAGAGAACUUAUAUUAAAAACGUGCAAUUAA